AAUAGAAGAUGUAGUAGUCAAAAGAGAAAUAUUCGCACACCAAAACUAAAGAGCACACUUCACAAACAGUCCACUCUCCCCUUUUUCAUCUUCUGACGCUUCUUCCUCCUGCUCCUCCUCUGUAAUCACAUGCCCAUCCCAUUUGCUACCGCCCCCAGCCUCCUCCUCGGACCAAUCACAAGCCGCCAUGUACCUCUCCGAAAAGCCCCACCCAAUUGAUUUCUACAAGUCCGUCGACGCCUCCUCCUCCCCCGACCGCGACAUGAUCAUGGAGGUCGUCUCCGCCGCCGCCGCCAACGCCGCCGCCGCUCCAGGUGGCAACACCAGCAGCGGCGGCGAGGACCACGAGGUCCGCGCCCCGAAGAAGCGGGCGGAGCAUUGGAUCCAGGAAGAGACGCGGUGCCUCAUCAGCUUCCGCCGCGAGGUCGAUGGGCUCUUCAACACCUCCAAGUCCAACAAGCACCUCUGGGAGCAAAUCUCGGGCAAGAUGAGGGAUAAAGGGUUCGAUCGGAGCCCCACCAUGUGUACGGACAAGUGGAGGAACUUGCUUAAGGAGUUCAAGAAGGCCAGGCAGCAGGUCAAGGUGGGCAGCAGGUCUGCCAAGAUGUUGUAUUACGAGGACUUGCAGGAGUUGAUUAGGGAUAGGACUAGCCAUAAUAAUAGUACCAAUGCUGCUAAUAAUGCCGCUGCUGCUGCUUAUAAGAGGCCCAAUUCUCCUCCGAAGCUCGAAUCUUUCAUUCGUUUCUCUGAUAAGAGUCUCGAGGACGCAGGUAUUCCGUUUGGACCCAUGGAAGCAGCUGACCGAACAGCAGUGGACUUGGAAAGGCAGUUGGAUCAUGAUGGUGACCCCCUGGCUAUUACUGCGGCUGAGGCAGUGGCAGCCAACGAGGUUCCUCCGUGGAAUUGGAGGGAGGGCCCUGAGAAUGGAGGGGAGACACACUCAUCUUUUUGUGGAAGGAUUAUAACUGUCAAGUUGGGGGAAUACAACACCAGAAGGAUUGGUAUUGAUGGAACAGCUGAUGCGAUUAAGGAGGCAAUCAAGUCUGCAUUCAGAAUAAGAACUAAGCGAGCAUUUUGGUUGGAGGACGAGUAUCAGGUUGUUCGGAGUCUUGAUAGGGAUAUGCCUUUGGGCAAUUAUACUCUCCACCUUGAUGAAGGAAUAACCAUUAAACUUUGCCUCUGCGAUGAAUCUGAUCGUAUAGUUCGCACAGAAGAAAUAACAUUCUACACUGAGGAUGACUUUCGUGAUUUCCUUUCACGUCGCGGCUUGAUUGGUUUAAGAGAAUUAGGUGGCUACAGACGCAUUGAUACUUUAGAUGAUCUUCAAUCUGGUGCAAUGUAUCAGGGGGUGAGACUUCUGGGGGACUAGAAGAUUUUGUAUAUUCACUUUAACUAUUCAUAGACAACAUGUAAGAAGAUUGUUGAUUCAUGUUGUAAGUGCCAAGUGGCAGCUAUCUGAGUCGACAUUGUAUAAAACUAAUGUACAUCCCAAGUGACGCCCCAUCUUUUUAGGCCUGUUUUUUAUCUUC